AUGCGCAGGUCGUUCAUCGCUGCGAUCAAGCAGGACGCACAGGCUGAACCUGCCGCUGAGACGCCUCACCACUCGGGCGCUGGCUUUGGCGUCCCUCAACUCAAGCCCUUCAAGGUCCCGACAUCGACCAGCGCCACCCGCUCGCGGCAGCUAGGCGGCACUCGCUCGUCCACCAAGCGGCCCAGGGUCGUCUUCACCGAGAACGAUUUCUACACGAAUGUCGGGUCGGGCAUAGACGCAGACGACGACAGAGGCGGGAAGAAGGCGAAGAAGGCGGCGGGGAAGAAGAAGAAGGGCGACGACGACUCGGACGACGACGGCGCGAAGAAGAAGCGAGGCUUUGGGUUCGUCGACAAGUAUGUCCCGCCCCCUCCGCCGAAACAGUUCCCGGUCUACCGUCCCAAAGCUGCCGACUCGACCAUGACCAAGGCGUUCACCUUGCCCGGCAUCAAGAAGGGCGGCGCCAUCCUCGACACCAAACUCUCCCUCAAACCGCUCGGCACGCGCCAGGCCGGAGAGUUCAUCCCCGCCCCGCUCUACGACCCGCUUGACGACCAUUCCAUCGUCUUGUGGGACCCGACAGUCGAUGACCGCGAAGCUGAGCGCGAGAUGGAGCGUCUCCGGAAGGAGAAGGAGGAAAAGGAGCGCGCAGAGGAGGACGGCAAGACCGCUCUCGAGAAGGAGCGCAAAAAGGUGCACAAGAGCCUCGCCGAGAUACUCGGCAUCGCGGACCGCAAAGCGCGCGCGCAUCUGGUCAAAAAGGUCGCGGUCGUGAUCGACCCGCGUCUCGGCAGCAAGUUGAGGCCGCAUCAGGUGGAGGGUGUCAAGUUCUUGUACAAAUGCACGACCGGCAUGACGGACGAGAACGCCUACGGCUGCAUCAUGGCUGACGAGAUGGGUCUCGGCAAGACGCUUCAAUGCAUCACCCUCAUGUGGACCCUCCUCCGCCAGUCGCCUAUCCCGAACAAGCCUGCCAUCGACAAGGCCAUUGUCGUCUGUCCUUCGUCGCUAGUCAAGAACUGGGCGAACGAGUUGAUCAAGUGGCUCGGUCCGGGGACGGUCAACCCGCUUGCUGUCGAUGGGAAGGUCACGGGUGCCGAGCUGAUCAAGGAGGUUAGGCAGUGGGCUGCGUCGAAGGGGAAGCAGGUGGUCAAGCCGAUCUUGAUCGUUUCGUACGAGUCGCUGCGCGAGAAGAUCGUCGACGAGCUGAACGGUACCGAAGUUGGCCUCAUCCUCGCCGACGAGGGCCACCGUCUCAAGAACCCGAACAGCGCAACGUACAGCUCGAUCAUGCAGAUCAACUGCAAGAGGCGCGUUAUCCUCACCGGCACGCCCAUCCAGAACGACCUCGUCGAAUACUUCGCCUUGAUCAACUUCUGCAACCCCGGUUACCUCGGCACCGCGACCGAGUUCCACAAGCAGUACGAGCUGGCGAUCAUCAAGGGCCGCGAUGGGGACGCAACCGACAAGCAGAAGGAGAAGGGUGACGAGGCGAUGAAGGCGCUCAGCGAGAAGGUCAGCCGGUUCAUCAUUCGUCGGACCAAUGACCUGCUCAGCAAGUACCUCCCCGUCAAGUACGAACACGUCGUCUUCUGCGCGCUCUCGCCCUUCCAGCUCGCCCUCUACCGCUUCUUCAUGAACUCGCCCGAAAUGAAGGCCCUCCUGCGCGGCAAGGACUCGCAGCCGCUCAAGGCGAUCGGCAUCCUCCGCAAGCUGUGCAACCACCCCGACAUCGUUGACUUUGCGAAGGAUAUGCCAGGCGCCGAGACGUGCUUCCCGGACGGCUAUGACCGGAACGACAGGAGGAGGAAGAUUGACCCGACGCUCAGUGGCAAGAUGGCGGUUGUUGACCGCUUCAUCACCAAAAUGCGCGCCGAGACAAACGACAAGAUCGUCCUCGUCAGCAACUUCACCACGACGCUUGACAUGCUCGAGGAGCUCUGCCGCAUCAGGCGCUGGGGCUCCCUCAAGCUCGACGGCACGAUGGACGUCCGCAAGCGCCAGAAAUUGGUCGACCAGUUCAACAACCCCGACUCGGACAAGGUCGUCUUCCUCCUCUCGUCGAAGGCAGGAGGUUGCGGCAUCAACUUGAUCGGCGCCAACAGGCUGAUCCUGUAUGACCCUGACUGGAACCCCGCCAGCGACAUGCAGGCUCUCGCGCGUGUCUGGCGUGACGGUCAGAAGAAGGAUUGUUUCGUCUACCGCUUUGUCGCGACCGGAACGGUCGAGGAGAAGAUCUUCCAGCGCCAGUCGCACAAGCAGAACCUCUCGUCCGUCGUCGUCGACUCGAACAAGGACGUUGAGCGUCACUACACGGGCGAGAAUCUGCGCCAGCUUUUCCUCCUCAAGGACUCUGCUUGCGAGACGCACGACUUGUUCAAGUGCAAGCGGUGCAAGAAUGGCCGCCAGUUCAUCAAGUCUCCCGCCAUGCUCUACGGCGACACGUCGACCUGGAACCACUUGACGAACGACUGCCUUCGCAACAUACACGACUCGCUCCUUCGCGCCGAGACUGGUCUCGACAGCGUCACUGCCUGCUUCCAGUACAUCUCUACCUGA